ACAGGCACCAACAACAUCCCCCUGGGAAACCGCCGUCGCUUCGGCGCCCAGUCGGACGAGGACGCCUCUGCCCCGCCGCCGCCGCCGGACACCGCGUACCCUCCCCCCCCGCCGUCGCCCGUCCACAGAGCUCCACCGCCGCCUGCUGAGCCGCACAAGCCCGCCGAUGAUCUCAUUCCUGGCGAGAAGCGAGGCCGCUCGGAUGACCGCGAGCCCAGGCGUCGCAAGAAGAACAGAUGGGGGGCCGCCGAUGACAACAAAGCCCUUGGGCUCAUUGGAUUGCCCACGGCCAUUACCAGUAACAUGACCAGUGAGCAAUUGGAAGCAUACGCGUUGCACUUGCGAUUGGAGGAAAUUGGCCAGAAAUUAAAGAUCAACGAUGUCGUUCCUCCGGAUGACGAGAGAUCUCCUUCUCCGGCUCCUCAAUACGACAGUUUCGGUCGCAGGACAAACACCCGUGAAGUCCGUUACCGCAAAAAGCUCGAAGACGAACGACACCGCUUGGUCGAUAAGGCCAUGCGCACCAUUCCGGACUUCAAGCCUCCUGCUGAUUACCGCCGUCCGACCAAGACGCAAGAGAAGAUUUACAUUCCGGUCAAUGACUACCCCGAGAUCAAUUUUAUCGGUCUACUUAUCGGCCCUCGUGGUAACACGUUGAAGAAGAUGGAAACCGAGUCUGGCGCCAAGAUUGCUAUUCGUGGAAAGGGAUCCGUGAAAGAAGGAAAGGGAAGGAGCGAUGCAGCUGCUAACUCCAACUUGGAGGAGGAUUUGCACUGUCUCGUCAUGGCUGACUCGGAAGACAAGAUCAAGAAAGCCAUUGCAGCGAUCGAGAAAAUCAUUGAGACCGCUGCGUCCAUUCCUGAAGGACAAAACGACCUCAAGCGUAACCAGUUGCGUGAGCUCGCUAUGUUGAACGGAACACUUCGUGAUGACGAAAACCAAAUCUGUCAGAACUGUGGAAACAAGGGUCACAGGAAGUACGACUGUCCUGAACAGCGCAACUACACCGCCAACAUCAUCUGUCGUAUCUGUGGUAACGCAGGACACAUGGCUCGUGAUUGUACUCAGCGUAAUGAUCCUUACGCACGGAACCAGGGCGAUGCGGUGGACAGAGAGUACGCGUCCCUUAUGCAGGAGCUUGGACACGGUGGAUCUGGACAAAUUGCAGGACGUAUCGAGGGUCCAGCUGGUGGCGACAGCUCUGUGGCCCCUUGGGCUCAGCAGAACGCUGGCGGUGCCGGCGCGCCUCCUCCAUGGCAACAGGCCAAACAGAACAACCUGCCUCCCUGGCAGCAGCAAGACAGACAAGGUGGUGCUGCGCCUCCGCCUUGGCAACAGGCUGCCGCUCCGGCUCCUGGAUAUGGUGCACCUGAUGCAUACGGAGCUGCU